AGCUUCGGGCUGGCGUGCAGGAGUGCAGCGAAGCCCGUAUACCUGAGGGAGACUCUUCUUGGGCCGCUUUAAAGUUAGCGGCAGCAUCCCACACCGAUGCUACUUGAUGCUUAUAUAGCAGGGAUGAGGGGAGACUCAUACUUCUUUGGAAUGCGAGGCCUCGGUCACUAUGGCUGCGUCCUGGAGGAUGGAGGACAGUUCUUACUCUACUCUAUAAAUGGAGACAAUGAUUUAAAGAGAUGUUUUUCAGAGGAAGAUUUUCAUGAAAUAAUCGACUUCAACGAUCUCCCGAAUUCUCUCUUUGCUUGUAAUGUUCACCAGUCUGUGUUUGAAGAUGAGGACAGUAAGGAAAAAUUUGAAGGCUUGUUCCGUGCCUAUGAUGACUGUGUGACAUUCCAGCUGUUUAAAAGCUUCAGGCGUGUGCGGAUAAAUUUUAGUAGUCCCAAAUCAGCUGCUCGUGCCAGAAUAGAGCUGCAUGAAACACAGUUCAGAGGGAAGAAGUUAAAGUUGUAUUUUGCACAGAUUCAGACCUCUGAGACAGAUGGAGACAAGCUUCAUUUGGCACCACCACAGCCUGCGAAACAGUUUCUCAUCUCGCCUCCAGCCUCCCCACCUGUAGGGUGGCAACCAAUAGAUGAUGCAACACCCGUCAUCAACUACGACCUCCUUUAUGCAGUUUCUAAGCUAGGACCAGGAGAGAAAUAUGAGCUGCAUGCAGGAACAGAGUCCACUCCCAGUGUGGUGGUGCAUGUCUGCGACAGCGACAUGGAAGAAGAUGAGGACCCAAAGAAUUCUCCAAAGCCAAAAAUCAUUCAAACUCGGCGCCCUGGUCUGCCACCUCCUGUAUCUAACUGAGCCUCUGCGGCAGAAGCAGCACUUCUCUCCUCCAGCACAGCUCUUGGUUUUUGUUUGCUUUGUUUUGUUGAAAGGCAGCCAUCGCCUUUUGAGUACCAGGACAUUAAACUCAUUGAAAUCCCU